GUAUGACAGGAAUACCAUUGAGCGUCCAGAUUUUGACAACCCAACGCAACCCUUCGAUUUCUCAUUCACAAUGACACCAAAUCCUGCAAAGAGAGAUCUAGGCAACGUCCUCGUAAUCGGUGGGUGCGGUUUUCUCGGCCACCACAUAGUUAAUCUUCUCCUCUCCUACAAGUGCAAAGUCUCCGUGCUCGACGUCCGUACUACGCGCAAUCGCCGUCCCGACUCCGACGGGGUAUCCUAUUACGAUGGCGACAUCACUUGCCUCUCAUCCCUCAUUCCAAUUUUCGAGAAGAUAAAACCAGCCGUGGUGAUCCAUACAGCUUCACCGACACUGGCGGGAGGAAGUAGGGAGCUAUACAAGAAGGUUAAUGUGGACGGGACGCAAUGUGUGAUUGAGGCUUCUCAGAAGACAAAUGUCAAGGCUUUGGUGUAUACCAGUUCGGCGAGUGUGAUUUCGGAUACGGUGGCGGAUCUGGUAAAUGCGGAUGAGAGAUGGCCAGUUAUUCCUCCCGCUGCGCAGACGGAGUAUUAUUCUCAAACUAAGGUAUGCUAUACUAUCAUGACAACUCUCCGCUUCCAAGUACAUCUCUAUCUUCGAUUGGAAACUCCCAGCUCUACUCCAAGCUCCAAUAAUCCCUCAAUGUAUCUAGCAGAACAUGAUAGCUGACACAAAACCCAGGCCGAGGCAGAAGCCUUCGUCAUAUCCGCAAACCGCUCAUCCUCCAAACUCCUAACCUGCGCCCUCCGUCCCGCCGGAAUCUUUGGCGAAGGCGACGUCCAAAUGAUUCCGCAAAUGAUGAAAGUCUACAAAGACGGCAAGAACAAUUUUCAACUAGGCGACAACACAAACCUCUUCGACUUCACCUACGUCCAAAAUGUGGCCCACGCGCACUGUCUCGCCUCCUUCGCGCUCCUCCAGACCCACGCCAUCUCCACGCCCGUCCUAGACCACGAGAAAAUAGACGGAGAAGUCUUCUUCAUCACGAACUGCGAGCCUGUGUAUUUCUGGGAUUUCGCGAGAGCGGUAUGGAGAUGUCAGGGGAACGAGAAGGGGACGGAAGGUGUGUGGGUCAUCUCGAGGGAUGUGGGAAAUGUGUUGGGGACCGUCAUGGAUUGGGGGAUGUGGAUGAUUGGGAAGAAGAGUAAGUUGACGAGGAGGGAGGUCAGGUAUAGUUGUAUGACGAGGUAUUAUGAUUGCAGCAAGGCGAAGCGUCGUUUGGGUUAUGAGCCAAUUGUAUCGUUACCAGAGGGAAUUCGGAGAGCUGUCAAGUGGUUUGAGGAUGAGCAGGCAAAAGAGGGCGAGAAGAAGGGACAGUAG